AUGUCAAACUCAAUCAUAAACUGCAGUGACUGCUUGGAGCACAUUGUUAAUGAAAGUGGUCUGGCAAAUCAGUCUCAUUCAUCUGCAGCAAAGACCAUAGGGAUGGCCACUGCAUUGGUUUUCAUCACUGUAGCAGACCUCAUUGGAAACAGUUUGGUUAUUUUAUCAGUCUUCAGAAACAGAAAACUAAGAAAUACAGGUAACAUUUUUGUAGUCAGCCUAUCUGUUACUGACUUGCUGGUUGCAUUUUAUUCAUAUCCAUUAUUUACUGUGGCAAUUAUUAAAGACGGCUGGACAAUGGGAGAUAUGCAGUGUAAAAUCACUGGGUAUAUAAUGGUUAUUACUUUGCACGCAUCUGUCUACAACAUCAUGGCGAUUGCAAUUAAUCGAUACUUCUAUAUCUGUCACAGCACUAAAUAUGACAAAAUAUACAGUACACAGAACACUAUCCUCUGGCUCUGCUUUAUGUGGGUACUGGCUGCCAUUGCAUCCUUGCCAGUUGGCAUACUUGGUGCUUUGCGCUAUGAAGAACAGAUAUAUAUAUGUGGAUUUGUACAGGCUGUAAACUUAUCCACUAAUAUCACAGUGGCCACCAUUCAUUAUAUAGCACCUAUGAUGAUUAUAAUUUUCUGCUAUGUGAGGAUCUGGACUCUUGUUAUUAAAGUUAAAUAUCGGGUCAAAAAAGAUGGGAAGAAGAAGCUGAAGCCUGCUGAAAUUAAGAGUUUUCUGACUAUGUUCAUAGUCUUUGUGUUGUUUGCAAUUUGCUGGUCCCCCUUUCACAUAAGUAGUCUAGUCAUGGGGUUAAGUCCUCCAAAUAAAGCUCCCAGACUUCCCAGUUGGCUGUUUGUUACAAAUUACUUUACUACAUUUUUUAAUAGCUGCUUAAAUGGUAUAAUUUAUGGACUUUUCAAUCAGAAUUUCAGAGAGGAGUUCAAAAAUAUUAUUUUUCUCCUCUGGCUGCCCAGAUUUUUCUGCAAAGAGACUUCAAGAAGAGGAACACAGGGUAAAAAAAAAAUUUCUUUCCUAAAUGUUCUGUGCAACAAGGCAUAA